ACCAAAGGGGCCUAGAAAGCAGCAAGGGAUAUGAUCAGGUUCCAACCUGCCACUUAUCAGCUUGGGCCUCAGUGUCUGCCUCCUACCCCUUAAAAGGUCUUUGUGAAGCCCAGUCUGAUAUGCUAUGCUUAUAAAAUGCCAGCACAAUUCUUGACAAAUGCUUGCUAAGUCUUUGCUGUGUGUUGACCUUGGAAGAGAAAGGAGCCAUGGUCAUGUGGGGUGGGGCAUAGCCAAAUGACCUGGUUGGGAUACAGGGUAGAGGUCCAGUGUCUCCUGGAGCCCAUUCCUUCUCUGCCUCUGCUGCCUGCAGCUGAUAAAACUCUUAUCUGGCCCAGGCAGGGGAGCCCAGAGUAAGGAUGGGAGUAGAGGGCAGGGCUGCUAUCACCAGCAGGCCUGGACCCUAUCUAAGACAGGGGAGGGGCUGUCUGCCUGCACUUCCCACAACACACUCCCUGGGGAUCGCCAAGCACUCACAUCUUGGGAGGAAAGGAAAGGGCUGAAAUGCUAGGCAUGGUGGCACACACCUCUGAUUCCAGCACUUGGGAGGCAGAGGCAGGCAGAUCCCUGUGAGUUAGAGGCUAGCCUGGACUACAGAGCAAGUUUCAGGACAGCCAGGGUUACAUAGUAAGACCCUGUUUCAAACAACGAAACUGAGGACCCAAGAGGAAGACAUGGGUGACUCUUGAUGUUUCCCCCAGAAUGGAAAACAAAACCUCAAUCUCAAAAACUCAGAAGACUGGAUUUUGCCACUGACAGGAAUACCAUUUUUAGAGAGUAAGAGAAGACAUCUUGUCUGAGAAAAAGUAAAGAUGCCUACUGUGUGCCCAGAGGACUGACUAUGGCCAGAGCAGGUGAGGUAGAGAGUACUCCACAGAAAAGAACUUUGCAGUUCCUAGGGUGGUUGAUGGUCCUGGCAUGAGUGAACCACUGACACCGUUCCUUUCUUCUGGGGAUUCUGCACAGGGACAGGAUAAACUUUUGAUUUGGCAGAAGUAGCUCUAACUCUUCCUUCCUUCCACACAGGUUGCUGGAGCCCUUUGAGCUUUGGGGGAACCAGGGCCAGCAGCUGGCACAGUAGGAUGCCCCCGUGUCCUCCUCAGCAGAACAGGAACAGGUUGUCACAGCUGCCUAUUGGGGAGCUGGGCGAGAUGGAAUUGACUUGGCAAGAGAUCAUGUCCAUUACUGAGCUGCAGGGUCUAAAUGUUCCGAGUGAGCCAUCCUUUGAGCCCCAAGUUCCCACCCCAUACCCUGGACCAUUGCCACCUCCAACAUACUGCCCCUGUUCAGUUCACUCAGACGCAGGCUUCUCCCUGCCCCUACCACCUUAUGAGCUCUCAGCACCUACUCCUCAUGUCCCAGACCUCCCAUACUCCUAUGGCAACAUGGCUAUACCAGCGUCAAAGCCACUCACCCUUUCAGGCCUGCUCAAUGAGCCCCUCCCAGAUCCCUUAGCUCUUCUGGACAUUGGGCUGCCAGUGGGGCCACCCAAGCCCCAAGAAGACCCAGAAUCCGACUCAGGAUUAUCCCUCAAUUACAGCGAUGCGGAAUCUCUUGAGCUAGAGGGUGCAGAGGCUGGCAGGCGGAGGAGCGAGUAUGUGGACAUGUACCCUGUGGAGUACCCUUACUCCCAUAUGCCCAACUCCUUGGCCCACCCCAACUAUACUUUGCCGCCCACUGAGACACCCUUGGCCUUAGAGUCAUCCUCUGGCCCUGUGCGGGCUAAACCUGCUGUCAGGGGGGAGGCGGGGAGUCGUGAUGAGCGGCGGGCCCUAGCCAUGAAGAUUCCCUUCCCUACGGACAAGAUCGUCAACUUGCCUGUGGAUGACUUUAAUGAGUUGCUGGCGCAGUACCCUCUAACAGAGAGCCAGCUGGCUCUAGUCCGGGACAUCCGACGGCGGGGCAAGAACAAGGUGGCAGCCCAGAAUUGUCGCAAGAGAAAACUGGAAACUAUUGUACAGCUGGAGCAGGAGCUGGAGCGCCUGGGCAGUGAAAGAGAGCGGCUUCUCAGAGUCCGAGGGGAAGCGGACCGCACUCUGGAGGUCAUGCGCCAACAGCUGGCAGAGCUGUACCAUGACAUUUUCCAGCAUCUUCGGGAUGAAUCUGGCAACAGUUAUUCACCAGAGGAAUAUGUACUGCAACAGGCUGCUGAUGGGGCCAUCUUUCUGGUACCCCGUGGGACCAAGAUGGAGGCCACGGAGUGAGCUGGCCUAGAGACUAACAAUGUGGUGCUAGGGCCUCCCCUCAUUCUCUUCUGAUAAAGGUACUCCCCAACCCCAGGACUCACAAGGCACCGAGUUCUCCAGACCAAAAGAAGGUAGAUGCCACCUUAGCAUUUGGUCCUUGCAAGGUGUGUUCAGUGAGGUUCACCUGGAGGCCAGGUGAGUGCUGGCUUCCCAGGCCCCAAGCCUCCACCUCUUGUCUAAGCUUUGGUCCAUAAAGAGCUGUGUGGAAAUAAGCUUUCCAUUGUGUCUUCCUUCUUGAGGGUGAUGGAGCUAUCUCAGAAAUCACUGCUUGCUGAAGGGAAAUCCUGAGCUCAUUUUAAGUACACAUAAAAAUUGGGGAAUGAGCAAUGUGACAAUCUAUCCACCUUCACACCCCCGUCCAGUCAGAAGCCACAGAUGCUUGAGGAACCCCACCGUCCUUGGUGGCCAAUUCAUAAAUGACAGGAACUGUGAGAGGGCUGCAUCCUCGUGUAAAGUCUGCUCAGUCUCUAGAGCACACAUGAACACUAACGCCUUUAGUUCCCUCCUGCUUACCUCACCCUGGGUCUGAUAGGCCCAAGAUCGGAAGACCAAGGGACUGUUCUUGACUGGAAUGAGAUUACUCUACAUUCAAGUGUGUACUCUUAUACAACUUUUUAAACUGAGCCUAGAGCCUCUAGAAUGCUAAGCAAGCGAUGGGGCUACAACCCAGCUCUCCCUGGUUGUGAGAGAAAUGCUAUCCAAGUCAUGCUGGGGGGUGGGAGUGGCUAUCAUUCCUACCCUUCUAGAUUUGAGACAGGGUCUUACUAUGUAGGCAUGUCAGCCACCAAUUCAUAAAGUUCCAUUUGCCUGUCUCCAAAGUGUGGGGUUAAGUACCACCAUACCCAGUCCACCCCACCUUUUUUUAAACAUUUUGUGUAUGAUUCAAUCAAUGUAUGUACCAUAACCAUGCAGGAGCCUAUGAAGGUCAGAAAAGGUGUUCCUUUGAAGGAGUUUAGAGUGCUGGGAACUGAAACCCUGUCCUCUGUUACUCUCACAUAGGCAGGGUCCCACAUAACAGGCUGGCCUUGUACCUGUGUAGUGGAAAAUGACCUUGAGCUCCUAAUCUUCAUUUUGCUACCUCACAAGGGCUGAGAUGCUGUAUGCCAACCCAGCUCAGGAACUACUUUGUCUUUUAUUUGGAAAUACAACUGUGUUCUGGAGGAAAAGGCAAAGAGAUUUUAGGACAGCCAAGUAUACAGUGACUUUCUUAGAAAACUAGGUCGACCUCAAACUCAUAAGUCCAAGCAUCCUCUUGCCUAUCAAAUCUCCCUAGCAGCACCCAAUUUCUUUGGCUGUUUUGCCAGUCAUAGCUUUUAUUUUCAUUUUAUUUUAUUUCAUUUUAUCUCCAUUUUAUCUGUCCAUUUACUGACUUUCUUAACAAGAAAAACUGGUAGACCUAAGAGAUGAAGGACAUAAGGGAAAUACAGAAAUCUUGAUGCCUGUAGAUCUGAACUGUGCUUGCUAAUCUGGGAUUUUUGUCAGCUCUUGGCCUAACAAGUUUUCCUUCUAUGUAAACUCACAAAAAGCAGUAUGAAUGUGUAGUGGCCCAAGCCUAUAUUCCCAGCACUAAGAGGUAAGGGAUUGUUCCAUAUUUUUACAUGUAUCUAUAUCUAAUUAGCUGUAUGUAUGAUUUCAGGUUAGCCAAGGAUACUCUUCACAUUUAAGUGCCCUCCACCAAGAAAAUAAAAAUAAGGGUCUCAUAGCCUCAUCUGGGCUGGACAUUCCUAAACUGGGAUUAGUGUGCACUACCCAGUUCUGUCAUCUCUGGAACACUUAAACCUCACAACUAACUAUCUCUAAAUUCCCCAUCAAGUUUUAGGUUUCUUACAUCAGAACCCAAACAUGCAACAGGUUUGCACCUCACACCUACCCCAUAGAGAUGGUCAGUUUAUCCUUGCCAGGUUCUCAGGGACAUUCUAUGACCAGUUUACUCACAAUGCAUCAAUACACAUGCAUCCAACAUAUAACUUAAGGGUCAAAGAAACUCCAGU